ACACAACAGCACAGCGUUUGCCAAAAGGAAAUCAAUUUACUGAACUUGACAUUGAACACUUUCGGCACUAACAAUGGUUUCCCUAUCUUUGAACUCGUUAAAACAAAUUAUGAGGGCUAUGGUUGAUAGUCCUGGGUUUGAUAGAGUGUUAAGUAAGGUGGACAUUGUGUCAGCUACUCCGGGCAAGGUGGUUUGCGAGAUGAAGGUAGAAGAGGAGCAUACAAACCGAGGAGGGACUCUUCACGGGGGGCUGACAGCCACGCUGGUCGACGUCAUCUCCACCACCGCAAUCAUGUACACAGAACGUGGAGCGCCGGGAGUUAGCAUUGACAUGAACAUAACGUACAUGAAUGCUGCCAGGGUUGGCGAGGAUGUGCUAAUCACCGCCCAAGUGCUGAAGCAGGGCAGGACCUUGGCAUUUGCUACUGUGGACCUCACAAACAAGUCCACAGGGAAACUUAUUGCACAAGGCAGACACACAAAACACCUUGGCAGUGCCUAGUUUACCUCCUCAUUAUGCCAGUAAAUCACCAUAUCAUAUAGUUCUGUAAUAAAGCAUGUACAGUGAGACAAAUCUUAUGUGCCGGAAAACUGUAAAUACUCGUAUACACAAUAAAUGGACAACACAGAGUUGCUUUAAAUGUU